CGGUUCUGGUCGCGGUUCUGAUCCGGCGGCUGCAGUCCUGGCGGGAUGUGGUAGUGAGCAGACAAGUGGAGCAGUGAUGAGUGACCAGCAGCAGCAGCAGCAGCAGCAGCCGCCUCAGUCCUCCCGCAGCCCCCUCGACUGCUCCCCCUGGCCCCACCAUCACAUCCACACGGGCGCUGAGGCCGCGGCCUCCUUCCCUGAGUUCUGCCAGGCCUUCGGCUUCCCCGUGGGGCCCUCGGGGUCUGGCUCUCUGCUGCUCUUCUACGAGCUGCUGGACCAGAGUGGGGCCCUGGUGCAGAGGGGCCGCGUCACCGGGUGCACUCAGCUGGGCCAGCACCCUUGGGCCAUGCUAUUCGCACCACACAGCUACCUGUGUUCAGUGCUAGAUGUGUGUGACUCUGUGAGUUCCGUGCGUCUCUACACUAGCCACUCCCCGUGCGAGGACCCGGGCAGCCAGUGCUGCAGCCUCCUGCUGUCCUUCCUGGAGGAGCGACCCUGGCUGCGCCUGGACUUGCUCUUCGCCCAGCUCCGCCACAUCCAGCCCUGGUGGCCCCAGGCGGCCAGCACCAGGGAGGCCCUGCGCAGCCUGGCUGCCCUCUGGCCCCGGGUCACCCUCAGCCCCCUGUCCGGCCGAGCCUGGGCUCUGCUGCUGGGCAGCUUCGUGGCAGAUGUCCCCUUGUCUGUCCGCCGGGCGGUGCUCCUGCCAGGGAGAGUGGAGGCAGACUGGCGGAAUGCUGUGGAGCUGUCAGCCAUAACUGGCAUGGGGCCAGCCUACCUGGACCUUCCCGCUCCCAGCACCACCGACGACACUAAUGCUGACCCGAACCAAGCCUCUGCUGGACCCAAAACCAUCCUACCUCCUCCCCAUCUCCUCACCACUGAGGACCCCCACCCCGACCCUGCCCGACGUCCACCCCUCCUGUCCCAGCGUCCCCAGAGGCCGACCCCACGCGGCGCCACCCAGCCCAUCAGGCCCAUUAACGUGGUCAGGCACGUGCGGGCGCCCCGCCCCCUGGCCACGUCGGACCGACCCGGAUCACAUGCCUCCAUCCCCUCCCUGCUGCUUAAGGGUCGGCCUGUGGAGGUUGUGUGUGUCCGGGAGAGAGAGGUGGAUCAUGCCGGCUCCUCUGCGCACACACACACACACACUCACACGGAAGUCAAGAGAAGUACAGACAGACCAAGAUAAAGUAUGUGUGGUGUACUGCAUAGUUACAGGUUUUGUAAUAAAUUGUGUAUGGGGGUAUGAUUGUUUGUUUGUUUGUUUGUCUUUGUAAUAAAUUGUG